GCUUUGCAGCAGCGAGAUCCGACGGCACACCCUGAGGUGCAGGCUGGCAAGAGCGAUGGAACAUCGCUUGAUCAUAGCAUUGAGGUAGAGCAACUUAAAGCGCGCGCCUUCCAAGCGGAAGAACGACUGGAGGCGUUGCAGAAAGACAUCGCAUCCAGUGAAGAGUUGGAACCGCUCCGAGCGCGUGCUGCUCAAGCCGAAACGCAGCUUCAGGCAGCCACCUUGGAAAGCCAGGCCAAGCAGGCGGAGCUGGAGGCGUGGCAGCAGAAACACGCAGCCUCAAGCGCAGAGGUGGUUCAGCUCAGAACCCGACUAUCGGAGGUUGAAGAAGAGCUAAAGGCCCUCCAGCACAGUGCAGCAGCACCAGUCCAGCAUGCAGAGGAUGCCCAAGCUGCCAAGGCUUUGCGCGAUGUCCGCAUGCAUGCUGAACAGCAGCUUGCGUGGAUCUUGCAGCGAAUGGGCGUUACUCAUCAAGCUGCAGAGUUACAGAAGGUUGGAGCGACUGCUCCUUGCGUGUGA